AUUGAUUAUCCACUGCUUUACGUGAUGGAGAAUAUGAUUCAACUUCCUCUAAAGACACAAAAUCAUACAAAUUGUGAAAUGCCUAUCGAAUGUAACGCCUUAUAAGUUGAUGUUCACAAAAUAUCCAUCUCUUGUGCUUUGUAUCGUAUAAUAUAAUAUUCAGAGACCCUCACCCACUCACAUUGUUUGAUCAAUUUGUUACAAAGAAUCAACCUUGUCCUGCCAUGAACGGGUUCAAUGAAGAAGCCAAGAUUUUGGCUGUCAUUUUUGACUUGGAUGGGUUCUGUCUAAACAGUGGCAUGUGAUGUGUGUUGAUGUUUGGUGUGCAGAAAGGGCUACAAGGGGUGUGUUGAAUGAAUUUUUAGCAAGGUAUGGGAAAGAAGUGGACAAGGAGAAGCAAGAAAAGAGGAGGUUGGGGAUGACACAGAAGGAGACAGCAGCUGUAACAGUUCAGGACUAUCAACUCCCCAUCACACCUGAUCAGUUUAUCAAAGAAAUCACUCCUCUCUACAGGGAAAGGUGGGCAGAAGCCAAAGCAUUGCCAGGUGCUAAUCGUCUUAUUAAACAUCUCCGGAAGAAUGGAGUGCCAAUGGCUCUUGCUUCAAACUCCUUGCGAGAAUACGUAGACGGAAAAAUUUCUCACCAUGAAGGUUGGAAAGAAAGCUUUUCGGUAAUUCUCGGAAGUGACCAGGUUAAAGCUGGGAAGCCUGCUCCAUAUUUAUUUGAAGAAGCGGCCAAGAAAUUGGGUGUAGAUGCAGUUAAUUGUCUGGUGAUUGAAGAUUCCUUGGUUGGUGUGAAGGCAGCCAAUGCUGCAAAAAUGAAGGUAGUGGCUGUACCAUCUCGAAGCGAAACAGAUUGUCAUGGGCUAGCAAACAUUGUUCUUCAUUCCCUUUUAGAGUUUCAACCUGAGCUAUGGGGUCUUCCACCUUUUGAUGACUGGGUAGAUAAGACAUUGCCUAUUGAGCCAAUUCGUCUGAAUGGUUUGUAUGUUACCGGAUCUCUACUCGAAACCACAGAGAAUGCAACACUUUCACUUCCUGAUCAAGUUGCGGGGCUUUACUUUGGUUGGUCCAAGUUUGAUCCAGAUAGGAACUUUAAGAUACUGGUUAGCAUUAAUUUCGAAUUCCCCAGUGUUACCUCCAAAAGAAUACAUGUUUGGUUUAUUGAUGCAAACAGUGACCAUAAAUCUAAGCAGCAUAUGCAAAUCCAUCUUGUUGGCUACAUAAGAGCUUGGGAUAACAAGGACCUCACAUCAACAGAAUCGGAGAAAGUUGAAGAAUACAAGUCCAUUGCGAGAGCUUCACUAGAUUUGCCAUCAUUCCCUUGUUUUUUACAAAAAAGCUUCGCUCGAGUGACCUUAUAACUGGGGAAGACAGAAUAACUUUUUAACUUGUUGCAGUUUUCAUCAUAAUGAAAUUAAUUGUAUAAAGUAUACAUGAAAUUAUUUAUUAGGCUAGGUCUGUAAUAAUUUCUAAAUAUUGUAUUAACAAAUAAUAAUAUAUAAAGUCAGUUAUUGUUCUCAAUCA